AUGGAGCUCACAACAACCAGCGAAGAUUUCUUUCAUGCUUCCAACAAGACUUUCAACGCCUCUUCUCAUGGGACAGACGACAGCUUUGGUGGCCUGACAGUGACACAGCUGAGAUACAUAUUUGCUUCUUUCUGUGGCCUCAUCUUGUUGGUUGGCUUUGCUGGCAACCUCUUCAUGCUGCUGGUCCUGAUUGAGGGCUUCAGGAGCAGCAGGAGCACCAACUCCAUCUCUGCCAUGACCAACACUCUCAUGGUCAACAUCACCAUCUCCGACCUGAUCUUCCUCCUCUACAAUGUCACCGUGCUGCUGCUCACAUUUGUCUAUGAGGACUGGGAGAUGGGCUUGGCUGUGUGUGUCAGCAGCCAGAGCUUUUCCAUGUGGACCAUGUUCUGCAGCUUCUAUAGCAUGGUGGUCACCUCCAUCCUGAGAUACCUGGCAGUUGUUCAUCCCACCUGCUCCUUCCCAGCAAAUUGGCUCCAGAGGUUUCUUCUCUGCAUGGUCAUGUGGCUCAUGGGCUUCACUGUGUCUGUCCCCAACUGGAUACACCAAGGAGUCGUCGUGCUUGAAGAUGCUCGAUACUGUACGCUUUUGAUGACGCCGAGGCAAACAUACCUGUAUUUUGUUCUCUUUGGUGGGGUUGCCUUCUUCCCCUUUGUGCUUCUCUUGGUCCUGUGCUAUUCCAGAAUCGUCCAUUCCCUCUGGUUCAGGAAGAUGGUGGUGGUCCACUCAUCCUCAAGCAUUCGGCUCAACAGGAAAGCAACUGUCAUGAUCCUGACCGUAUUGGCGGUUUUCAUCCUGAUGUGGAUACCAUGCUCAGUGGUGAUAUACCUCUCGGCCACCCACAGCCUCCCACAAACUCCUGCAGGAUUUGUAGCCUCCGGCUUAUCUAGCAUUCUGGCUUAUUCGAACUGCUCCGUAAGCCCCCUCAUUUGCUUUUCCCUUUCAGAUCAGUUUCAGGCUAGCCUGAAAAAGUUGCUUUGCCGACGAGGUCCCAGGUAA